AUGUUAACGGCUGGAAGCGUGGACGUCAUGGCGUGCAUUAGGGCACCAAGGUCCGUCUGCGAAUCCAGCGACGACAUCAAGGCUGAUUCAACCCGCAAUGUCAUACAGGUUCGCACAGCUUUUGCCCCCAAUCAAAAGGUGAUCGACGUUAACCGAAAGCCAAGGAACGCUCAACAAAUGGUCGAGAACGUGAGCCUGUGCGUAGGAGCGCUCCGGGCUCUAGGGGCAGACGUGGCCUCUGUGAAUCCCAGCGAAUUGGCCGCGGGAUCAACCCUUUGGCCAGUCCUUGCCCUUCUCUUCGCCCUCUCGCGAUACAAGCAGAGAGCCAAACAGCUUCAAGACAUGCCUAGAUUGCCAUCUCCGUACAAUAAGCAGUCGGCCGGCGGUGGGGCAGGUGGCGGUCCUGGCGGUGGAACCAGUAUACCCUUACCUGCCACCGUAGCUGCCACCAGAAGGUGUCCCCCAGAUAAAGUUAGACCAGCUCCCACACCGACGCAUCAAUCACAGCUUGGCGGUUUAAAACACGGAAACGGUGGUAUCGGAAGUGCUAAUAGCUCAAGAAGCACGAGUCCAAGCCAACAGCAGACGCUCCAAGGCGGGCUGUCAUUUAUACCUCAGCCUAGAAAUCAGAAUUCAACCAAUAGACAACCUGCAGCUACUACGCCGAGCCCUCGAGCGUCGACGGUAGGGAAAUCCAGCGGCGCAAGGACCACGCAAGCAUCGCCAUACACCAGCACGGGGCCACCGCCGACUCAGCAAAAUAAGAACUCUGUCCUGGACAAAUUCAAGCUUUUCAAUAACAAAGAGAAAAACCAAGAUCGCGGUAAAGCUUCGUCGGGCGUGUCGAAGAGGACUUCCAGCUCGUCGGGGUUCUCCUCCGCGAAAUCGGAGCACUCCGACAGUUCGACGUCGCUGUGCGAUCAGAGCAGGGUUCAAGUGGAGUCGCCGAAGAGCCGCGCUUUGAAAUCGAAGUUGCAGUCCACGAAGCCGGCGAAACAGGCGAGCCCGAAGACCGCGAGGAAAGAGCAAAGCAAAGCGCAAAGCAAAAUCGCGCGGACGAAAGCCACGCCAGACAAGUUGGGUUGUUAUAAUCCGCCGUUGGAAGAUGUCAAGUCGGCCGGCAAAGUCGGCGGCGUGGGUGCGAAGCUGGCUACGGAUAAAAAAUCCUCGAAUCUGCAAGAUCUGUUGAAGCAACAGCCGGCGGUUCAGCUGCAAAAGUCGAAUACGUCGGUGUUGACGUCGGGCUCCAAGCAAAUCGCGUCGCAGGAGACGAAGAACGUUGCCGGUCCGAAGAACGAGUCGAUGCAACCGUCGGCCAGGCCCAAGAUGGAGCUGCCAGGGAAGAUAUCGGACGCGAAGAUUCACCUGCAGAACAUGAAGAUUCCACCGAACGGAGUGAACAAAGAUCUGAUACCGCAGAAGGGGUUAACGAGCAAUACGAACGGAAUGAUCAAGCAGUCCGAUCAGGAAGAGGUCUCCGUGACCUACGAAAACAUAUCAAGCAUCGAUCACACGUUGUCUAUGAAUCAGGCGAAUUUGUUGGAGGAAAAGUCAACGAUGGCCAAGCAGAAAGCCAUCGUUGAAAGUGUUCACUCGAACAAUCAUUUGGGAACGUUGGACGCCAGCCCGUCCAAGCAGCAAAAUAAAAAUAUAAUAGCAAAAGCCAAGGGUCCCAACGAUGCGCAGGAAGUAGGUAACCCAAACGAGAAGCAAACGCCUACUUCUUCCGUCAACAAUCCGGAAGAAAUGGCUGACAGAAAGAUGAACAUCGUUCAUGAAGGUUCCACCGGGCCGAGCGUUACGGCGAGUUACGGAAACACCGUUCCCUCUCAGGGCCAGGUUUCGAAUGGAUUGAACUUUGGUGCCAGCAAGCAGCUUCCAGGAAUGAACAGCCCGUUGCAAGGUUCUCCUUUGAAUGGUUCCGGGAUCAGUCCUGGAUCCAGCAUUCCGAAGCCCACGGCCUUGGUGAAAGGCACUUCGAAACCACCGAAGGAAAACAACAUACCGGGCGUACCGACGCCCACCAAAUUGAAGGCAGACGUUUUGCAUCGCAAGCUCGAUCCCAGCACGGUUGCAAUGGUGUCACCGAUGCCAAGUAUUUCGGAUCUGAUGUCCGAGAGCUCGCACAGCAACUCGAACAGCACCGGUCAAAGCAACUCCAGCGACAGUAGCGUUAUUUAUAGGCCGAGCAGCGAGAGUGGCAGCGAGAUUAAAACUAUACCCAAUAGAAAGAUUGACACGACCUUCGAACAAAUGGAGAAGGUCCUGUCUGAAAGUUCAAGUUGCGCUGGAGGUUCCAUGGCGGACGACGAGGCCGAGAUGACAGUGAAGCCCAUGCAGCCUCUGCUCCGCGGCUACACGCCAGGCGCAAGGGCCCUUCAGACCUUGCCGAGCAGGACAACCGCGAGACAGUACACGAUUCUUCAUUCUUCUUCCCAUCAUCAUGUCGGUCACGAUUACGCGGACAUCGACGUCGCCUCUGGCUACCUCAGCGACGGAGAGGUUCUUCGUGGCGGUAUGAGCGUCGGUAGCAGAACUCUGUCUGACUUGUGCGACGGUUACAUGUCCGAGGGCGGUGCUUCCUUGUACGCGCGCAGAAUCAAUCCUUCUUACGGCCACGAUCACGAGAGAUACGUGGGCGGUUCGAGGCGAGAGUUGUCCGGGGUGAAGGAACUGGUGACCUCGAGGAGGGUGCAGAAGAGACCCUCUGCGAACGUUGUAAGGUCGGAUGGAGGUUGCAUCGGGGGCAGUCCAGGAAGCGGCGGCGUCAUUGCAGGUGGCUUGCUAGGCGGUUGCAGCGGUGGCAACGACGCCUUAGCAGAGUUAACCAUCGAGGACCUGGCAUCUCUUCCCGCCGGAAAUCACACCUCAGCCAAUCACACGGGCCAUUCCUCUCAUCACAAGAGGGUGCCGGGUGGUGGCGGCGUGAUUGUGGGGGGUGGCAGUAGUUCGGCCACCCCCCAAGGUGCACAACAAGCCAGCAACCUGGUGUACCGCGUCGUGAGCUCGAGACAUCCUGGCGGCGGCCAUCAUCCUCAUGUGAAGAAGUCGGACAGCUCCCAACAGACGGAUAACUCGGCGUUCAAGCACCAGCAACAACAGCAACAGCAACAGCAACAGCAACAGCAGCAGCAGCAGCAGCAGCAGGGCUCGAACAGUUCCACUAACACCAGCUCAAACAGUCAGCAAUGGAAAAAGUACAUCGAGGCUGGAGCUGCGAGGGAUCGGGAGAGAGACAAGGAUGGUGCACCCCCGAGUCCUAGUCCCUCCAGGCGAUCCCAGGAUAAACAUCGGAAGCAGGCCAUGGCCGAAUAUGCGAACGGUGAAAAACCUCAGAAAGUUUCAUCAGGCACGUCGACCAGUGGUAGCAGCAAAGUAAGGGGAGUCCCGCAGAGUUUUGGAUACGUGAAGAGACACAGCGCUGGUACCAGUCCUAGCCCUAACGGAGUCCAAAAUGGUGGCAAAGAUGCUACGAGAACAGCUCAAGUUAGCGCAGUUCCAAGAACAAAAGUUAAAGUGUCCGGUGGUACGCAAACAUGCACCACGGAACUCCAGGCCAAUUCUGCCAACUCGAGUCAAGGACAUCAUUACAAGAGUUACAGCCUCACGGGUCCGAGUGCCAGUCAACUUUCGCAAUCAGUACGAGACCGGCUAAUGUUGGGAUCCCAGAGCCUCCCAAAGCCUGGUAGCCCAGAAUUCACAGCACUAUUUGCAUCUGCUCAUCAUCGAGACAGAGGACCAGGCGCUGGACCAACCAGCAACUCCUUCUCCCCGCGAGUACUCAAACCAUCUGAUGGAAGUCUCAGUGACACGUGCAGCAACUAUGCAGCGCCUGAUCUUCAAGGAUAUUACACUCCCAACAGCCCCUACACUACAUCCUGGAUGAGACACAGCAAUACCUAUACACCCAGUGGACGUUCUCAAGGAAUGGGUUUAUGCGAAGCUGACAGUGUAGAGUCGCUUGGUUCGCAUCGAGCAAGCUUAACUCACGCACGUUUGUUGAUGCAUCAGAGGGAUUCCACGGGAUCACCAGCACCUCCACGACUCAACAGAAGCAACUCCAUUAGCCAUCUGCGGGACAGGACAUUCCCAAGGUCCACGAAAAGCGAAAAAAUGUACCCGUCGAUGUUGGCCAGAGGAAGUGGAGCUUCGUCCUCUGUUGGCGAGGAAGUCGGAAUAGGAAUGGGUGUAGGGGUUGAACCUUAUUACAGCGUUCCUGUAGGAUCCACCGGAUGCGCGGGACAGCAUUGGUCUCAACCAACGUCUCCAACGCCUACGCACACCUCGCGACAACCACCCAAUCUUUACCAACACGUGCACAAGGAUGACGACAUUCACGGUUCCUCGGUAUCCUUGGUAUCGACAGCGAGCAGUCUGUAUAGUUCAGCAGAGGAGAAGCAAGCGCACGAACUGAGGAAAUUGCGACGGGAGCUCCUAGACGCUCAAGAAAAAGUCCAUUCGCUGACUAGCCAGCUAUCGACAAACGCUCACGUGGUGUCAGCUUUCGAACAAUCGCUGUCCAACAUGACACAACGGCUCCAACAACUUACUGCAACAGCUGAGAAGAAAGAUUCCGAGCUUCAGGAGUUGAGGGAGACGAUCGAGAGACUGCGCAAGCAAAGCGCCGAGGCCGGCCUGAACAGCUCAUCGGCGAACAAUGGUCGUCGUCACACGCUAGGAGACUCCGAUUCAGGAACAACAGGCUGCACAGGGAACAGUAACUACCAUCAAGGUGCAUCGAUGGCUAGGCAGUUGUCCGCGGACAGCGUCACAUCAUUGAACUCCCUGAGCAGCGCCUGUUCGGCCAGCAGCCAUCACAAGAAGAAGGGUUGGCUCCGCAGCUCCUUCUCGAAAGCUUUCUCGAGGUCGCGAAAGAACAGACACGGCUCUGUUUCCGACGCCGAGGAUUGCAAGGAGAACACCGGUGGCGAUCUUAGCGCGCCAAACAGCCCCAGGCUGCCCACCGCCUCGAAACACGAUUCUGCCAGAACCCAAGGUGCCAGGAGCAACGGACAGAAAUCACCAGAAGUCGAGAAUUCAUUGUCUGGAAGCAAGAGCAGCUCUGCUCUGUACAAAAAGGAGGAUGAGGACGUGGUGGAGCUAAAGAAGCAACUCAGGGAAAAGGACCUUGUACUAACAGACAUCAGACUCGAGGCUCUGUCUUCGGCGCAUCAGCUUGAGUCUCUCAAAGACACUGUUAUCAAGAUGAGGAACGAAAUGCUCAACCUAAAGCAAAAUAACGAGCGUCUGCAGAGAUUGGUGACGUCGAAAUCAUUGACAUCUUCUCAGUCGUCGCUACCGAGCGACCCAGACAGACGCUUCAGCAUGACGGAAGUGGCUUCCACCGUUGCUGCGCUUUCAAACGGUGACGCUGGUUCAGCGGCGGACCAACUCGAGAAUUUAAAUGUACCAGAGCACACGGUAGUGCCGUCAAACAACUCGAACACUGGGGAGCCAACGUUGGAGCAAGAUACGGAUGGAAAGAGAAUCAACGUGGCUAUCUAUCUUGGCAGUGAAAAAAACUUUAAUUACAAUCUCGUAACUGGAAGCACAUCCGAUGGCAGCCUCGGCGAACCUCCUCACUGUGUCAUCGCGAAUGUCUGCAUCAGCAACAAGACCACGUGGGACUCCCUUGAUUCUACCGUAAGACGUUGCUUCAAGGAGUAUGUCACGAGAGUGGAUCCUGUAACCAACUUGGGCCUCGGAGUCGAAUGUGUCGCUGCUUAUCACCUUGGUGAAGCUUCUAGAUGUACAACGGAUUCUCAGCAUCCAGAAUUGCUUCCUUGUGGAUAUCUGAUAGGCCACGUGAAAACUAUUUAUUUGGUGCUCUCUGGUUACUCGUGGCUAGCUGUGGAUACCCUAAUACCACGAUCCAUCGUGCAACGAUUGAUAUCACUGCUCACCGAGCAUCGCAGGGUCAUUCUUUGCGGACCCAGUGGUACCGGCAAAAGCUAUUUAGCUGGAAAAUUGGCACACGCUCUAGUGGACACCGAUAACGAAGCGAAGGAUGCAGCAGCGGUAGCCACAUUCAAUGUAGAUCACAAAUCCAGCAAAGAACUCAGGCAGUAUCUCGCACACAUCGCCGAAAGAUGCGACUCGAACGCAGCCGACGAAUUACCAAGGGUAAUCAUUCUUGAGAACCUGCAACACGCUGCGUCCUUGGGAGAAUUGUUCAGUGGUCUCCUUGGUACUAGACACUCGUCUUGCCCAGCUAUUAUCGGCACGAUGAGUCAAGCUACUUGCAGCACAACGAAUCUUCAGUUGCAUCAUAAUUUCAGGUGGGUGCUGUGUGCUAACCACAUGGAGCCAGUUAAAGGGUUCUUAGGCCGUUAUCUCAGGCGGAAACUGUUAGAACACGAGCUACGCGAUUGUGGUGGGACCAGGAAUGCAGAAAUGGCAGCGGUUGUCGAGUGGUUACCCCGGAUUUGGUUACAUCUCAACAAGUUCCUAGAAACUCAUAGUAGCUCCGACGUGACCAUAGGGCCGCGGCUAUUUCUGUCCUGUCCGAUGGAGGUAACGGGUUCUCAAGUAUGGUUUACCGACUUGUGGAACUACUCGGUAAUACCGUAUCUAGUGGAAGCAGUCAGAGAAGGAUUAACACUUUACGGCAGACGUGUCAGUGGAAAUGGAAACGGUGAUUCUUCCUGGGAAGAUCCAGCUCAGUUUAUUAUUUCGAGUUAUCCAUGGAUUUCUACACACGCGGUGCACGGUGGCAGCGACGCUCUUCUUCGUUUGCGACCCGAGGACGUUGGCUAUGAUGUUGUUACAUCCGGACACAACUCUGGAGUUGGUGCUUCCAGUGUGAAAAGUCUUGGCAGUACCCACAGCGACACCGAAGGAGAUCCACUACUGAAUAUGUUAAUGAGACUACAGGAAGCAGCUAAUUAUUCGAGUCCUCACAGCAACGACAGUGACUCGGUGACCUCCCUUGACUCGUCGCACACUCGGCACUCCGAAGAUUUGAGUUCAUCGACAUCGUCGUCCAGGGGUGUGGAAUCAGCCCUUUAAUUCGACAAUUUUGAGAAUCGUGCGUCAGGCCAGUUUGUAAUAUCCAUUUGAAGAAGUAAUUGACGAGUAUUUGAAAUGUACAACCGAAUUAGAUGCGUAUGAAAAUUUAAGAACGGAAACGUAAAUCAAAAAUGGACUUUUUUAAUAUCUUUAGGAUACAAGUACAGAUUUUCUCCUUUUAACUUUUUACGGCGAAAGGUAUCAAAGAAGUAGUUCGACGAUGGAAGCAUCGAUGAAAACCAUUAGGUUCUCAGCAAUACGUGAUACGAUGCUCUUUUAUGAAACACGUCCUUUCAUCUCGAUGGUUUAGCGCCAAAAGUGUUUUGAAGAGAUUUCAACUGUUUUCCUUAACCGUUUGCGUCCCAAACAGCGCUAACGCGCUGUUGAGAUUUUAUGUCGAGAAAACCCAGUACUCGUUCAGACAAAGCGCGGUUGCGCUGUUUGGGAUUCUUCGAUAGUGUUUUUUCAAUACCCUCUGGGACUCAAACGGUUAAUGUCAAAUCGAUAUAUUUACAAAUUGAACAGAUCAAGGGAUCCUUGAGGCAUUUAAAAUAUUUUUAUUUUAUACAAUAGCAAUAAUACAUCUUUAUUAUUUCAAAAUUGUACUUGGAAAUUCACAUGUAGAAAUUUAAGUUUGAUUGAAGAAAUGAAUAAUUUCGGUGUUGCUUCGGUAGAAAGGCGAAUUACAGUACUAUGUUGUAUGUUAUAUUAACCUAAUAAUUGUAUGCCCGCUUUUCGAAUUACUGAGUAAAACAGGCUUAAAAAUUCUACUUUAGAAUUAAAUAAGUAACUUGGGCAUUAUAUCAAUCAUCUUAUACAACGUAUAUGUAAAAGCCUUCUGUACGAAUAUUGUGUUCCUUGGCAUGGACUUACAACGUUUGUGCAGAUAGAAUAAUGAAUUAUGCAAAUACGACAAAUUAAAAGAUACAUUAUAACAAAUUUAUAGAGAAAAAAUUCAUCAAUCUGUUUCGUUAAGCGAAAGCAUUUCAAAAUUAAACCAAUUCCAGUCUUAAUUUGAAAUGAACAGUUGCAUAGUUGUUUCUAACUCUUCUAACGCUAAACCACCGACUUACUCUUACAUAAGGCAAUGAUGUGCAUUACAAGUGAAAUUAGAGAUUAGAAAUGUCAAGAAAAAAUUUUCAAUGCCUACAACUGGCCUAUAUUUAUUCUAGAUUUUUACGUGCGUGAAGCACCUUCGGUGUGAUAUGUAAUUAAAUAAGUAAGAGGGACAAGUAAGCGAUAACGCUACGUUCUUAAUUAUAUACCGACGUAAAUGCGUACGCGAAAACCACGCGAUGCAAUAAUCCACGCUGCCGUUACGGAAGUACGACUCUAUUUUAAACAAAUACAAUUUCUAUGAUCAAAUCAAGUACGAUCCAUGUAAGUGUAGCUUAACCCCUUGCCGUACCAUUUAAUCCGACAAAAUCCAGGCCACACUAGCCGAUGCUCGGUAAAUUAAUCAAAGUAACGUGUAGAAAAAGUAUGUGACACGACCCGAAAUGGCGGAGGAACAUCGUCACAGAGCUGAAAAAAGUAACAUUUUCCGACAAUCUGUGAAGUAGUUGUACUUUGACUUGCUUCACGCGUUACUAUUAGGGUAAAUCAAAACUUUUUUCAAAUUUUUCUCCCUUCUUUGUAUGCUUUUUUUAACGAACGUUUAAAUGAAACAAAAGUCUAAGAUAUUUGAGUUCUCACAUCUCACACUUACUGAGUUCUUCUUCAGCAUUUUAUACCAAUAUCGGCGUGUCAGUUGAAUUCUGAAGAAGUUUACAACCAGAAGCCUCAGUUACUUUCAACCAUAAUUGAAAGUAUUUAAAUGUUAUGUUUACGUUUCUUAAUACACAAUAUGGAAGAGCAAUUUGAGAGGUACAAAAUUAUAUAUGUAACAUGAAAUUUAAAUACUUUUUAUUUAGUUGUAACAUUCAGUUGUACCUAGAAAGAGGGAAGAAAAAUCGGAAAAUAUUUUUGGUUCACCCUAAUACUUUUGUAGAAGUCAAAUGCAUUUGAAUUAAAUAUCUUUAAAUAGUAAUUUGAUUUCUUUCUCUUCAUACGUAUUUGUAUAUAUAUUUAUAUACAUUUAUAUAUAUUGUAUGUAAUAUACUUCUUUGGUUAAAUGUUAUGUCAGGAUUUCUUAAGUAAAUUCUUUUUAAAAAACUAAAUUGCUAACAAUGCAGUAAUGCUUGUUUUAUAACAUAGACUAUACAAUUUCUGACUAACACUUGUGGUACAAUGCUAAGAUCUGAACCAUGAUUGUAACAGAAUGUUUUCAUUAAGCUCUCUACUGCCAAGGUUGUUCAGAGUUUAGCCAUUGUCCCUAGUAACUGUUAUGUCAAAACUUAAGGAUACAAACUCUCAUGUUCAGACUGUGGCAUUCGUGUUUGACCUGAAAGUAUGGCCACAAGUAUCACUCGUAAUAUUCAUAUUCGUGUAAUAUCCAGAAUUGUGACCACGAGUAAGACAUGUCAAAGUACGGCAAAGGGUUAAUAUGAAUCUGCUCGUGUGAAAUUUGGAUUGAAUAUACAGUAUUAUCAUAGGGCGUAAAAUAAACGGCUUCGAACUGAGCCACGGUUUAGGAUCGGGGAAACGCCAUUCCUCUCGUCCACUACUUUCAGGUAAUAGCUUAUCUUACACGAUAGACAGAUCUCAUGGAUGAACCGCUCAACAGAGUGUAUUGUCUCGCCUUCAGGAAUGCAGCGCAGUUCGAAGUGAGCACUGGAUAUGAUGAGUGUGCGUGCGAAAAUAGUCUAUUUAUACAUACUUUGCUACGAAAGCUCUAUUUAAUUAAAGAAUGUUAAUAUAAUAUAUAUAUAUAUAUAUAUAUAUACACAUAUAUAUAUAUACACACAACCUAACGAUGACGGCGCUAAAUGUAUGUUGCGGAUAAAGUUUAUAAUUUAGCUAGUAAGAUAUGUGAGUAAUUCUGGUCAUGUAACAUUGUAAAUACAAAAUACGAUUGGGACGUACAAUGACGCUAGGUGGAGGUGUAAUUCAAAGUCCCAUAAGUAGCCUGCGAGAUCAUUUCCAGUAAUGGCUUCUGUAAAGUGUAAAAAAAAAAAACAAUGAGAUGACAAGCAGACGAAUAAUUAAACAUUUUAUAUGUGCAAUUCAUCGAUUCGCGAAGUGUUGGUUUCAACUGCCAAAACAAAGACAGAAGAUAAUACAAGCUACGCAGACUAUACAUAUUGUACAUGUUUAACAAGGCUUUAGGGCCAAUUUCAGAUUCUGAUUGAUGACACGAUGUCCUGAAUACGAUGUGCAUGUAAUGUAACAAUUAUACAGUCGCAUUUACAGGUUUUCUACGUUUGUACCGUAUUUAUACGCUGUACGACACUGCACUCGAUCUUUACUCAAAUGACGAUAAUUAUUGUGUCAUUAAAUAAAUCACACUAAACUUCA